AUGAUUGUGAAAAUUCAUCUUUUGAUCCCUUGUCUUUGUUUUUCUGCAGCAAUCACGAAUAUCUCAUACAAUGCCGCGAUGGAAUUGGAAAUUACUGCUGUACCAAUCAUUCCUUUGGCAUUCGACUGCUCAAUUGUGCUUAUUGGACCGAAUCCACAAUCAAAUCUAGACCUUCAAGAGAAUGUCUAUACAUUGGUUCAAUUUCUCUUUGAAAAGCAUCAAGAAUUUGAUCUUGAAGAGUCGUCAACAGAAACCUACCUACUACCAAAAUAUGAAUUAACGCUAAUUCGGCUUAUUCUACGUGAAUUUGAAAAACUUCAAAUUCUUUUGAAAGAAGAUCAUUUGGAAUUCUGGUUCAGAAUUUGUCGUUAUCGUCUUUACCGAGAUCGGUCUCUUGUAAGCGAUGAUGAGUACGAAUUUUGUCUUAGAGUUGAAGAAUAUCUUGUGUCCAACAACUUAGUAGAUCGGGUUUUGAUUGCACGUCGUCUGUUGGUGGAGUUUGUUGAGAACACCACAUUAAAGCUUAAGCUAUUUUAUCCUCGAUACAUUGUUCAGUCAAAUAAAUUGAAUUGGUUUGAGUAUUUAGUCGUAGAAAUGUUGGCUGAUUUCAAAGUACCACAUCUUUCAUUCGCAUACCUUUCAACUACUGAAUCUGAUUUUUAUUAUUGUCAUCAAUGCAAGAUAGAUUUCAAUGUAAGAUACAAAGAAUGUGUCAAUCUUGAAACACUGCUCAGUUAUCUUGGACUUGCGGUUAAUAUUAAAGACUCUUUACGUCUGUUGAAGAUAUUCAACUUACCUUACAGAGGUUUGAAUGAACACACUUUCACUACCCUUCGAAAAAUAGCUCAGUGUGAUAAUCUGUCAGUUACUCAGGUAGCGGUCUCAUUUGUUGGUCGUUUGCGGUUGGGGGAUUCUAGCUAUGCUCCUGAAAGUAAUCACCCCCUUCGACAAUGGUCUUCAGGUUUGAUACACUUGGUUGACUCCCUGAAUAGUUGUCAUGAUAUAUUAUCUGGUGCAGCUGACGAUAGCUUAUUGGCAGCUGGUACUGCUAAUUCACUGAUGUCCGUUGACGAUGCUGUUCAGUCUGUUUCUCAGUGUCUUCGUGCAUCUUGUCGUAUACUGAGAAAACCUGGUAUAGUCGACAAAAGCGUGCACCAGGAAGUUAAGCCAAUAAUUAAUUUAACAAAACUUUCAAUUGUGUGUGACAAUCUUGUCAAACGCAUUCGGAAAUUGUCCUCCACAAAUAUCGUAUCUAAGAUGUGCUGUGAUACUCCAGACAGACCCGCAAUUGCAGGAGGAAGUGUUCGAGGCAGGGCAGCCUACAAACUGAUACGCUUAUUACUUGUAACAGAAUCCGAGCGUCUGCGGAGUAAUUCAGUUGAAUUCAACAAUUCAACUUCCAGUCCUGUUUUACAGAAUAAUGAAUUGCCCAAUAAGGACGACUGUUCAACUACACCGUUAAGUCAGCUGUCGAAGUCCGAUACACCCACCACAGAUGGUCGGACAUGCAGAUUACUUCAAAUGUUCAUAUCACCGUCUACACCACUAGUAAAUAAUUUAAAGCCGGUUGUCAGAAAUAUUCCUUCUCCACAGGAUCGAAUGAAUGAUGAGAAUGGUUUUGUCCCGAUGCCUAAAAGAAUUGUUAUGUCGCGCUACCAGUCUAAUCUAGAAUGGGUCAGUAGUCAUUGUUCACCAUUGGUUAUGCAUUCUUUUUCUAUUGAUGAAGCGAAGUCAUUGCCAUGUUGGAAUAUACUGAAUGAAGAUUCACAGUCGAAUGCAUCUUUUACUAAAGAAGACAAGGACUUAAACAGUGGUUAUUCUGAACCUGGGACACCAACGACAUUAUUCAGAAAAGAAAACAGACGAUCGAGGGCCUUAUUCACAGAAGAAAAUUCUGAGAGUGAUGCUAAAACGGCACAGUGCAACACACUUUUCAACAGUAAGGUGACUUCUAAUCAAAUAGCGAAAAGCGGAGGUAAACAGAAUACUAAGAAGUUAACAAAUCCAAAGAGACGCUCGAAAACUGUUCUACGCACUGUUUCUUCAAAUAAACAGCGAUCUCUGUUAGAAUUUUUCAAAUCAUAG